GACAGUGGGUUUUCUGUUGUUGUCCUGUUUUUGAAAGCUGGCAUCCCGCUUUCUCUUUUUCCUUUCCUUCUCCUCCUUCCACUCGCGCUCCCUCCAGAGAGACUCCUGUCAGGUCCGCGGCUACAAGUCCUUUCGGGAGCCUCUGCAGAAGCCAGAAACCAUGUUGACGUUUUUGGCGCUGGCGUCGGUCGUCCUCCUGGGAAUAGUGCCUGAGCAGUCCCAGGCCAUAGUGAUUUACACCGGCUGGGAGCGCCAUGCCCUGGUGGGCUCCGACAUCCGGCUGUCCUGCUCUUUCUUCUCCUGGCGUUGGACCUCGGAUGACGUCACCUUCUCCUGGACGUACAGGCCCGACGGCGCCCGGGACAGCAUCUCCAUCUUCCACUACACCGGCGGCGUGGCCUACCUGGACAACAAGGGUCCGUUCAGGGACAGACUGGAGUUCGUGGGGAACCCGGGUCGCCGCGACGGCUCCAUCUUGAUCAAGAACCUGGACUUCAAUGACAACGGCACCUUCACCUGCGACGCCAAGAACCCCCCUGACAUAGUGGGACGGCCCUCCAGCGUCCGCCUGCUGGUGUUUGAGAAAGUGCCCAUCCAGGCCGGCGUGAUCACGGGGGCCAUCAUCGGGGUGGUGCUGGGCCUGCUGGUGCUCAUCGUGGUCAUCUACUACCUGAUGAGAUUCCUGGUGGCGCGUCGCGUCUUCAGCCUCAGUGUCAGCAAACAUGGCAAGAAAAAGAAAGAGGGAUCACAGCAGAGACAGGGCCCCGCGCCUCCCGCCGACCCCUCCAAGGUGAAGGCGGCCGCCUCGGAAAAGAAGAAGCAGGAGUCGCGCAAGGAAAAGAAAUAGGAUACGGGGAGGGGCUGGGGCGGGCUAGCCGGCCGGCUGCUCCAGCCCGUGCGCCAGGCGGUGGCGAAGGCCCAGCCCAAGCAGAAGCAGCAGCAGCAACAACAACGAACCAUAGUCAGAAAGACAGAGAGGGUGGUGGGGCCGGGGGGGGGGGAGGGGAUGAGGGCCGGGUCCUGAUGACCAUCGAGCUGGAGCUGACCCGCAGGAAUGGGGAGGAGGGGCCCGGCGGCGAAGCGGGGACGGGGAGGUCCACGCCGCUCGGCCUCCUCUCCCGCCUCGCCAAUCAGCUCACCUUCAAAUAAGAGGAGACGACAUGGAGGCGGGGGGUGGGGGGGGGGUGGGGGGGGGGAUGCCGAGGGGGAAGGGGGUAAGAGAGUGGGAAGUCUACAGGAGUCAACUUCUAUCCUACGGCCGCCGCCGCCGCCGCCACGACCUGCCCGAAGCGAAACAAAUGAGGCAAACCACGUCCUGCUCUUGUCACCGGGGCUGAAAACGCCGACUAACGCCGGGGGCCCCAGAUCGGAGAUGUCUCGUUGAUAAUCUCAUCCACCGGGGGGGGGGGGGGGGGCCGCCGCCGUCCCCGACUACUUCUUUCGUCAGGUCAUGAGAUAUGCCAUUUGAAGCGAGACCUUGAGACAGCCGGGGUUUUGAUAACAAAAUCUAAAAAAAAAAAGCUGCUCCCUGCGUUGUUUUUUUUUUUUUUGGCCUUUCUGGUUCCUUUCGUCGUGAUCCUAUCCACUACAGGAAAAAAAAAAAAAAAAGCUUUCUCCAAGUGCGUCCGAUACGCAUCACGGAUCCCCUGCCGCGGGGACAAGCCAAUUUACUUUUCUUUUCCUUUUUUUUUUUUUUUUUUUUCCAGAGGCGAAGGUGUCAAACUCCAGCUCCUCUUCCCUCACACACAGAUUCACUCUCCUCUCUCUUCUCCUGUCCUAUUUCCUCCUCCGUUCACUGUGAAUUCUCUGACUUUUUCUUUUUCUUUUUUUUUUCAUUCAUUUAAAUUACAUCGGUGAUUUAUAUGCUAACCGCUCUAUCCUGUUUCUCUUCUUCUCCUCUCACUUCCCUUUCCCUCUUUUCUCUUCUUCCUCCCGUAGAUAAAGGUCUGACUUCUCCGUGACUGCCUCCACUCCUCCUCCUCCUCCUCCUCCUCCUCCUCCUAUAGUCUGCUCCCUCCUUUUCUGCCCAGCCUGACGCAACCCCCAUUAUUUCCCAUUAUCUCUACUCUUUCAAGACACCACUGGCUGUAAGAAUAGUCCCACUAUAUCAGUGGCAACAGCGUCAAAUAAUUUUUACAACGCCUCAUCGGAGACCCCGUACGCGCUCAUUGGGCAAACUGUAAAAGUGUUUAAGGCCUAACUACGCACAUAACUUCCUUAAGAGGGAACCUGAAAGACAUCCCUCUGUGUUUAGAGCCCCCUGAAUCUUCUCCUCGCGCCCCCCCUCCCUCCUUCGUUUUAAUGUUUACGACCCAAUCGCUGAGCGGAGCCGUGAGUGCACUCUGGACUUCAGAUAGAGGAAAAAAAAAAGAGGAGCCACGAUAGAUAGCGAGGGGAGAGAAAUAUGAUUCCUGCUCUCAGCCGGCGCAGAUAGAAGUUCAAGCCCUCGAGCUCCGGGGGUGAUUCAAUCCUCUCACAUUUGAGCUAAUGGAGGUUGUCGCCGUGUCCCUGCCCGGGCUAAAGGGGGGCUAUUUCUGGCCCUGUAAGAGCAGUGCGGGCUUACUGUAACAGCUGCACAUUUUUUCAGCCGUCAAAGGGGGAGGAAAGGGAAAGAGUGGGGUGGACUGUGGCAGUGGUGGAGGUGGUGGUGGCGGUCGAGGCUGUCCGCUCUCGACUCGACGGCCGGCGACCGACGACCUGGAAUGACGUCACGGCCUGCGAGGGGGCCCGGCGGACGCCCUCGGGAGUCUGACGGAGGGGCUUUACCGGGAAAGGAGGUGCAGCCUUUUCGCGCUCCACGAGUUAUUUUAGGGUCCGGUUAAUCCUCUCGCACGUUUCUCCUCGGCAACCCAGGGCUAAUUAUUUUAGAGCGUGCUGGUAACAAGAUAUCUCUCUCCACAUCUCCCUCCUCCUCCCUCCUCCUCCUCCCUCCCUCCUCCUCCGCCGCCGCCCAGUUCUUCCCUCUUCAUCUCUGCUCUCAUCCUGGGAAUCAUCUCCUCCAAUUCCAAACCCCCCUGUUUCGCUCUCUCUGCCCUUUUAGCUUCCUUUAUCUCUUCCUCUUUCUGACGUUUAGCGACUCUUGCGCGGCAUUAUUCCCCCUUCCCCUCCCGGAAAAGACCCACACACAAUCCACUCCACUCUUUUUAAGCCUCUCCUUAUCUGACUGCCAGGCCCACAGCUCAAUGCUCCUCUCUCCUCCUCUAUCCUUCCUCCUUCUUCUUCUUCUUCUCUUUCUCAAGCUCGGGCAUCGCUCCAUCCCCCUCCCUCCGUGUUUGUCAACGAUCGACGACGACGUACACCCUCUUUAUGUGCUUGCCCUUCAAAUGCCACCCCACCAUUUCCCCGCCCCUCACCCCAUCCUCCUCCCAAAGGCAUGUCCCCUUGGCGGGCCGCUUUCCCUCCUCAAACUUUCUGCUGGUUCGAAAAAACCAAAACUCUCUCCUCUGCCCCCUACUGGCAGGGGAAAGAAACACGUGGGCAGAAAUCCGCCUUUGAAGACGCCAAACAGAAACUUAUAAUCUUGCUAGCGUGUUUUAUGUAUAUGUGUGUCUAGUAAAAGAGUGUUAAAAACGAGAUUUGAUGUAAAGCAAAAAAAAUAAAUAUAUAUAUAUGUCACCCUAAAUAAAGCAAAAAAUAAUGUUUUCUGAGGCAUUUUCCUUUCACAUGUGUGCAAGGAAACACAUGGAGGACAUGCGGCAGGGGAGAAAUGUAAUUGUAUUCUAUGGAAUAUGCCAUUAUAUUUCUAACCUUGUGUGUUAUGGAAGGUGCUGUGUGGUUUUAUUCCGAGGUUUCGAGUGCAGCGUCGGGGUAAAGAUGAGGAGCAGAUAGGGGUUCGGUUAGCCUUAGAUUCAGAUAGGAUACGGCUGGGGAGAACAGGGAGGAAGGUGGUCGCUGUGGGAGGAAGCGCUGGAGGAAGAGACUUAUCUAGCGUGUUAAGCCCAGCCAAAAAUCCAUAUGUAUCACUACAGAUAGAGCCGUCUCUUCCCCGAGAGCUUUCUUUUUUUUUAAGGUGCUCCUUCCCCAACCCUGAGCCAAAGAUGGAUUACGAUCUGCGAGCUUGAUAUGCAGGGUGGAUAGCGUAGACUUGAAUGUUCCUUUAAAAUUCAUAACAUGAAUGGAGGUGCUAAAAAUCCACAUCUAUAACUGGAGACGUUUCACUAGUCGCUGUUUAACUAUCCAGUCGAAAUGGAUCAGUUAGGAUGUUGUCGUCUUUUUCAGCGAAGCCACACAGACACCUGACAUAAGACAAGCAGCAUUAAAAUGCCUUUAAAAAUGUUUUUGUCUGUAUGUAUUAUGAACUGUAUUAGUCGUAGCUGCACAGUAACAUUCCUUCAUUUGAAAUGACUGGAGCUUCUUACGUUUUUCUUAUACGUAUUUCUUUUUCUUUUUUUUCUUUUUUUUUACAUUUGUUUUAAUGCUUGUGAUAACUCCCGUGCGACUAACGACUUUUGACGACUCUGUGUAAUAUGUUGUAAAGUGAACGUCAAUAAAAAUAAAAAGCCCCAAGCGCAGCUGUUGUCAAACGAGACAAAGUAAACCCA